GAUACGAAGCAACGACUUCGGAUGGAUUGGAGUUGCUGUUUCUUCGUACGUCAUGAACAUAUUCCUUCGCUUAGGCUGGAUUCGAUUUGUGCUUUUCAAAGCCAUGCGCGCUACGUGCGGCCUUAGCAUGGCUUCACGUUUGUUUGGCGUCAGCAGCUGGGUGAAGCUUCACGAUGAGGUGAAAGUCCACGCAGGCUACUUCCGUUUUAUCAUCAUUGUGGCGCUGGUGACUGCCAGGGCCAUUGCAUAUGGAUUCUUACCUUUCAAUCACCCUCAAACCCCUGGAUUUGGCUUGUCAGCCAGCUGCGCAAUCUGUGGUCUUCUCUUGACGGAGAUCCUGGAAGACUGGACUGUUCUCCAACAAGUUCUGCCAGAAAGCCCUGUGACUGUUGAGAUGCUGACGGAACACGUGUCCUACAUGCAUCCAAGAUCACUGGCAACCUUUGAGUGGCGGAUCAG